CGAUCGUCGAUCGCGACGGCGUCCGCGUCCGCCUCCUCCUCCCCCUCCUCCUCGGGCGACCGCGGCCGCCGCGCCGUCCUGAGCGACGCCGCGCUCGCGGCGAUCCUCGCGAACGUCUCCGUCGGGACGCGCGCCGCGCGCGCGGGCGACGAUAAGAUGGUCGGCGCGUAUCUCCCCGAGGACGCGACCGUCCCCGGGUUUUACGACUUCACGCCCGACGCGAAGCGCACGCCCGCGCUGCGCGCGGACGCGCUCGGGAUCUACCACAUCGCGCUCCCGCCGACGUGGAAAGAAGCCCCGGUGUCGAACGCGCGGAGCGGGAACUACUGCCAGCCGCGGUGCGACGAGGCGACGACGGAGGUGCAGUUCGUCGACCCGACCGCCGGCUCGGUCCAGAUAAUCAUCAUCCCGACGACCAAGCUCCUGAUCGCGAAGAACGAGCCGUCAAUCGAGGACGUCGGCGAGUUGAACGGGCUGAUCAACGCGAUCAGCCCGUCGAUCACCGGGUCCGUCGCGGUCGAGCCGGAGGAGAUCGUCUCCGCGGAGGAGGUGAAGCACGAGGGGAAGACGUAUUACGCGUACGAGUUGCUCACGCCGUUCGCGGAGUUCGGGCUGCACAACGUCGCGAAGGUGUCGACGUCGAAAAAUUACGUCGUCAUCGCUGCGCUGGCGGCGAGCGAGAAGCAGUGGGGGAAAUCCGAGGCGGACUGCAAGAAGAUUCUGGACUCGUUCCGGGUGAACGUCUGACGCGGUGCGUAAGUUAUCGUACCUGUACGUGUAGCCCGAAAAAAGAUAGAGUUGUACAACUACCACCGCAAGAAAAGAAG